AUGGAUCUCUUCUCGAUAGCUUCCAAUCUGCAGCAAAUAGCCAUUGGGGGGGUGAACUUUGUAAAUAACAAACUAAGAAAGAAAACCGUAACUACAGAAUGUAAUUACAUUACAUAUAUUGUUAUAGGCGAAAAUGAAAAACAGCCAUACGACACGAACAUAUUUUUUCUGCCAUUUAAAAUCUGCGGCAAAAUAAAAUUAAAGGAGUUUAAAGAAUUCUUCCCCUUUAAGGACAACAUUAUAUUUCGCUUUAAAAUCCCCGUGACAGAUUUAAUUGAUGUUAUCAACGAGGGUAUAGUAAACCACGCACCUUUAAUGAAAGAAGACACAAAUGAGCGAAACCAAGUAAAACAUAUAAUUUCGGACGAAAAUGAAAUAAAAAAUAUAUUAAGACAAGAUCAGUUCAGUCACCUAUGGCUAGACAUAAACAACGAAGAGGCCUAUAUCCCAUUCUACAAUGGAAACAUAGUUGUAAAGGUGUUAUUUAUUAAUAAUGAAGAUUAUAGGGAGUACACCGAUAUUUAUUUUAAAAAUCUCCAGUGCUGUGAAUCUGCUCGCCCGAUUUACACCCUGAAUGAUACACACCCCUGUUCUUACAUUGUACUAGGGGAAGAAGAGAAGGACAAAAGGAAUAGCACAGAUAAUGAUGAAGAAGGAAAAGACGAGCAUUUUGACGAACACAUGAGUGAAGCAUCGCCUCGUACCAAUUUGACAAAUCGGGACCCAUCCAAUCAUAGGGACAACAUCCCCAGUAGUAACAGUAACAAUGAACACACACAUCAGCUGGAAGCUGAAUCGGAAAAUUUUGUUCAUAAACAGUAUGUCCGAAACGACCCUCCCAGUGAAGCGACAUACAAAAAGGGUUACCCCUCGGAGAGGCCCCAGCAGAAGCACCACCAAAAUGAGGCUAACAACAAGAGAGAAAAUGACAAUUUUUUUCAAAGCAUUAAAAAGGAACCAAGUAAGAAUAAAUCGAGUGAACAUAUUUUGGAAAAGAAUAGCUACAGUGCCGAGACGAAAUUGUUGCUAUCUGGCAGAAGUAAUGUCCAAGGGGGGUAUGAAGAUAUGUCCAUGGGAAGAGCGAACAACGGACCUAAUAGAGGCCCUUAUAAUAGUCCCGACAGGGACAAACAGGAACGGCGAGAUGUCAUCAAAACGAACGUCAGUAACCGACUGCAGGAACUAAAAGAGUUCCGGUGCCAGGAAGAAGCGAAAUUUAAAGAAAAGGUGGUCCUAUCUGAACAUAUUAAAAAACAAAUCGUUAAAUGGUCCAAGAAUUCGGAUGACUCAUACAAAGAUGUAAAGGUCAUGCUAAGCACUUUAAAUGACGUCUUGUGGGGUGACUCGGAAUGGAAACAAGUGCCCAUGUCCGAGUUAAUAUCCAAUUCGGCCAUGGUGAAGAAGGCGUACAAAAGUGCCAUACUCCUGUGCCACCCAGACAAGCACAGGGGCAAACCGGUGGAGCGCGUGUGCUACCUAAUUGACUGGAAAAACAAACGGUAG